GUUAGUUCACAUUCGCCACAUACACUCCGUGGUGAGCAGUCGUCAUGAAGGGUCUUCUCGCGUUAGCUGCUCUGCUGGCGGUGGCUGCGGCCAACCAGCCCCAAGGCAAAGUCCUCUGCUACUAUGACAACAAGAGCUAUGUCAGAGAUUUCGAGGGUUGUAUCUAUCCAGCUCAAGCCCGCAUGCUGCCAACGGACCUGGAUCCAGCGCUGUCCUUCUGCACUCACUUGGUGUAUGGAUAUGCUGGCAUUCAACCUGACACCUACAAGAUGGUCUCCCUCAAUGAAAACCUAGACAUAGACCGCGCUCACGCCAACUACAGAGCCAUCACCAACUUCAAGACUAAAUACCCUGGACUCAAGGUUCUGCUUUCCGUUGGAGGAGAUGCCGAUACUGAGGAGAUUCAGAAGUACAACUUGCUAUUGGAGUCCCCACAAGCGCGUACCGCGUUCGUCAACUCUGGAGUCCUUCUGGCCGAGCAACACGGUUUUGACGGUAUCGACCUCGCCUGGCAGUUCGCCAAGAUCAAGCCAAAGAAGAUCCGCUCCACUUGGGGAUCCAUCUGGCACGGCUUCAAGAAGACCUUCGGCACUACCCCUGUGGACGAGAAGGAGGCUGAGCACCGUGAAGGUUUCACCGCUCUGGUCCGGGAGAUGAAGCAAGCUCUGAGCCUCAAGCCCAACAUGCAACUGGCCAUCACUGUCCUCCCCAACGUCAACUCAACCAUCUACUACGACAUCCCCGCUAUCAUCAACCUGGUUGACAUCGUAAACCUUGGCGUCUACGACUACAACACUCCUGAACGUAACCCCAAGGAAGCCGACUACGCCGCUCCCACAUACAAGCCCCAGAACAGGAACGAGCUCUUGAACGUCGACGCUGUUGUAAACCACUGGAUCCAUGGUGGUGCUCCAAGCCAAAAGCUCGUUGUUGGCAUCGCCACCUUCGCUCGCACUUGGAAGCUGGACUCAGACAGCGAAAUUUCUGGAGUUCCUCCCAUCCACGCUGAUGGCCCUGGAGAAGCUGGACCUUACACCAAAACUGAGGGUAUCCUGAGCUACCCAGAAGUCUGCGCUAAGCUGAUCAACCCCAAUCACCAGAAGGGAAUGCGCCCUCACUUGAGGAAGGUGACAGACCCUAGCAAACGCUUCGACCAGGGAUUAAAGAAGGACGGUGACUUCUUCGGCACCUACGCUUACCGUCUCCCUGAAAAUGACGAGCCUGGGCUAUGGGUGAGCUAUGAGGACCCUGACACAGCUGGACAGAAAGCUCUGUAUGCCAAAUCCAAGAACCUGGGUGGUGUGUCCAUCGUGGACCUGUCCAUGGAUGACUUCCGUGGUCUCUGCACCGGGGAUAAAUACCCCAUCCUGCGCGCCGCCAAAUACCGCCUUUAAGUUCUAAAACAUUUGUAAUAAAUCAUGUUAUUUUCUA